AUGCCACCGCCACGACCUGAAACUGAUGUGCCAGCUGGUGCCAACUGGGAACUGCCUGCACCCGAAGCCUUUCCCAUCAAUCUCAUUGAGUAUCGCUCGAAUCUCACUGCCAGCCCUCCCUCGCGGUUCCUCAAAACCCUCGAUUUGUUGUUGAGUCGGCCUGCAACUCAAUCAUAUGACCAACCUGACACCAAAAGCAGCCCCAGCCUGCGCUGGUCCAACUGCCUCUCAUCCGUGUCCCACCUCCAACAGCAGCAGGUCGCCCUGCGCAUGCUGUCUGGCAUGACCUCUGCUCUACGUCGUCCCUCGAUGGUGGAGACGCAGAGUGAAUUUGAUCUCCAUCAACUUCUCGUUCCUACUCCCACCAACGAUGUCCCUCCGCAAAACCACUCUUCCUCCGCCUCCUCCGGCCCCAACAGCGAUGCUGGGUCUUUUGUCAUCCCGGACAGCUUGUCGAGAAGCAAUUCCGUCUACUCCUUUUCCAGAGCCUCGUUCAGCAGUCAACUGGCCAGUCUGACUUCGAUGAGCCUGCCCCAGGCCGAAUCCUUGGCUGUUACUGUCACGAACCUCCCCACCGCCCGAAAGGCCGUCAAAGCUUUGACCAGUGCCGCCGAACAGAUUCAAUCGUGGAACAAGAAGGCGCUGAAGGUUUUGGAAAAUCUUGACGCUGACGAAGAUGUCGAAUGGGCAGCCGCCGCCGGAAGGCUGGGUCUGGACGAUACCGAGAAGACCAUCAAGAAGUUUGAGAAUCUGAUCAAUGUAUAUGUCAUUUCUAUCGAGGAACUGCAAUCGCGGCCCGAUAUUGGGGACGCCAGGACCGAGGAUCUCCAGGCCGUCGUCGAACAGAUGGAGGUCACACUGGAAGGUUGGGAAAACGUACGACGUGACUUGAAGAAGGUCCAUGAACAGGUCGAAUUGGCUAUGGAAUGGGAAGAGCUUUGGGCAAAAGUCCUCGGUGACGUUGGGGCGGAAAUGGAUAGCUUGAGCCAGCUAGUCUUCGAGAUGGAAGAAAAGAGACACGCAGCGUACCAAACCCAAACACAAGCCGGCCCGAGUCAAGUUUUCGAUCUGAACGAGUUGGAAAGUUACAUCGACGAGCCAUCACAGAAAAAGACCACGCAGAAUUCCCGUUUCAGUCUCCCACCCUUCGAAUCUUCACCUUUGGGUUCACCGAUUAUCGAGAACCCCGCGGACGAUUCGAAUUUACUUGCCCUAUUCGCCCGCAUGCAGCCUCUCAGAGCGUCGCUAGAUUUCCUGCCUAUGCGGCUAUCCAUGUUUCAGUCUCGGGCCGAGAAUGUAUUUCCCGUUGCCUGCAGAGAGCUCGAUGAUAAAUGUGCACGAUUGGAACGAAAUUGGACCGACCUAUCGAAAGAAGCAGACAGUUUGCGACGAGAAUUGAGUGAAGACCGCUGGGUAAUAGUGUUCCGGAAUGCUGGUCGACAAGCUCAGAAGAUGUGCGAAUCUGUGGAAAGGAGUAUCGUCAAGGUUCAAGAAGCCAUUGGUGAGGAGUACCAAUCAACCAAUCCUGCGGCACUCGCCAAAAGGAUUGAGAGCUUCGAAGCCAAAAAGAUGCACUACGCUCCCGCCAUAACCAGAGUGCUCGCGAUUAUCCAAAAGGGUCUUAAAGACCGACUCACCGUGAAUGGUGAAAUACUACGCCUACACAAGGACCUCUCCUCUAGGAUGAGAGAUCUGACAGACACUAUUGAGGACAUGGACUCGUUGUUGGAACCAUUCAAUGCUCGACAUAAUUCCAAGUUAAGAGAAUCGAUAUCAAGCAUCGUCUCAGCCGAUCGCUCUUUCACCAGUACCACAUUUCCUGGGACGCCUGGAAGUUCUCCACCAUCUUCGAUCGAUCUUCCUCCUCAAAGGAGCGAACAAAUCACCUCCAAAUAUGGACUCAACGGCUACAGUAAACCAAGGGCUGUAUCUUCCAGCCGACCACCACCUACAUCGUCAAAUCGACGAUCUUCCAUGCUUCCACACACCAGACGACCGACGACUCCCAUGUCUCAAGGUAGUAGCUCGAUGAUACGGCGCACAGCCUCGCCUUUACCCGGCCCUCCAUCGGUCUAUCGUCAAGGCUCGUACACCCCACCAGUGGCCCCUGUCCCUCGCCCUGGGCCCACACCACUAUCAAGCAAACCACGAUGGUCGGCUGUAGUCAAGCGUGACUCUACGCUAGCACCAACUUAUCGGUCAUCAACAUCAACCACACCCUCAAGCACGUCGACGAUGCGCAGGUAUGCGCCACGCUCCAUAUCGUCAAACACGGCGUUACCCUUGAGAAGUCCUCUCAGUAGGGAGGCUUCAGCUUCACCAGACAGCUUGUCACCCCAAUUUGCCACACGAGAACGUCAGCAGUUCAAGUCAUUUGCCGAGAGAGUGGCAGAUCCAUCGCCGGUGAGAACUAGCAGUUUGAUGGACCCAGUCCCAUAUCAUCGAGGGCGCAAUUCAAGUGCCCCUACUGGUACCAUUCGAUCUCCAUCCUCCCUUGCUGUCCAUAGCCAGCAAAAACCCACCAUGAGUGGGAUGACUAGACCACCAUCAUCCCUCAGUCGGAGUUACCACUCCACGCAAACCCUACCAUUGAGAAACAUCGCUCCCAACCAGCGAGCAGAUAACAGAAAAGAAACACGAAGACGAGAGGAUUCGAUCGGUUCGAAUGAUCUAGAUCAAGCAAGUGAAAACGAAGACGACCAGGUCACCGAGCCGAAUUCAAGUCCUCUCUCAAAAAGAACAAUCACCAGACCUGCCAGUGUUCUGGCAAUGAACAACAAAGGGAAAAGAAUGUCAUUACUACCCGUUCCCAAAGGAAGUGGCAGACAGAGUUCACUAGGACAUAGAAUUUCAUGA